AAUCCAACAAAGAUGAAUGGCUCUGAUACCACUUGAUGGAAUUAAACUUUAGCCUAUGUAAUUCCCCGGAAUCCAUCAUCUUGUCAGAAUAUCAAAGGUUGAUAGAGUUACCUGAUUUCACGAUGUAGAUCGUCCGGAUCUUGAUGCGGAAUCUGAAAGACGAACUUUGGCCGGACGAUACUUCUAAGAGCACGACCCGGGAGGUAGCGUGAUCUUCCUCAACCAAGCCUCCUUAGUCCACUAUAUUCGAUAAAUAUAUAUGAGCAAAUAAUUAUGGUGUAUAGGCCGAAAAAGUGGACCAUGUCAAAAUAUAUAAUUCGAAUCAAACCACAUAUCAUAUAUGAGGUUUGUUCUUAUUAAAAUUUAUGUCUUUUAUGUCUUGAUCUCUCAAAUUAAUUAUUUCGGAACUUAGAAAAAUCAUAUCAUUACAAGAAAAUUUGAUUGUGUGAUGUGAUUUUAAUCAAUACAUAACUCACCAUCUCUCUUCUCUGCAGGAAGUCAAACGUUGUUGUGAUUUGGUAUAUAUAUAUAUAUAUAUUGUAUGAAUUGUGAUUCUGUAUAUUUGUUAUUUUAUUUGAGGAGUUAGGUUAUCAAAAUUAUAUUUGCAUGCUAGAAAUGUAGGUUUCAAGGUAAAAAUAAAAAUUUCCCUAGCUCUUGGUCAUGUUUUCUGUCUCAUGGAUCGAAACAUUGAUGAUUUCCUAAUCAACAUAAUUUACAUGGAUAAGACCAUAUUGUACAUAUGUGAUCUGGUAUGGACCAUAUAACGUUUAGUCUAGUUCCUAAUCAUGUGUUUUAGCCCAUCAAUAUGUUCCUUACCCGUAUAUAUAAUCUAAUCUUUAUGAGACCAUAUCAAUAUCAUAUCCCAACCUAAUGGUAAUGGACAACCUUAUCGGUUACAAUUUCUCACGUUGUGGUUUGUAUGUUCCAAUUUUCUCUUAUAAUUUGCCUUUUCUUUUGGUUCUUUACCUAUUCACGCAUUUGACUAUACUUUCUAUACCCUUUUGUAUAUUUGUGGUGUCACUGGUGUGUGAUUCCUCCUUCUUUCCGCAAUGUCAUGUUUAUUGCCUUGGAGAAUUUCCUGCAAGAAAAUUAGUAUCUCAUUUCCAACAUGAUGUGAACCAGAAUCAAUUUGGGGCAGACACUUAUUUUUUACUUUGCCACAAAGUUUUGUCCCUCUGUUUGCAAAGUAAUGUCCUAUGUAUGAUCUUCUUUUUUAGCCUUUGUUCCCUUGCUUUUAUGUAGGGAAGGGCAAGUGAGGGUGUGGUUGCCUUAAUGGGUUCAACCAGAUUCUUAUAUGUUGAACAACUUUUGAAAAGAGGCUCUAAUUGCAGUAGUUUCAAGUUGCCUAGUUUCAGGGGUGUUAGGAGUCCGAACUUUUGUACAGGUUUAUCAUCUGGCUUCGGAUGCUUGCACAAUCUUGCAUGCAAUUAUGUUUACCAUAUCUUGUCAAGAACCGAGUAAUUUUAGUAAUUCGAGUUGUUGAUAGACAUUUAAAAAAUUAUUAUUAUAUAAUUUUCUUACAUAUUUAAUGAAAAGUUAAUUUAUAGAUUUGAAGUUUGUUGUCACGCUUUAGUCUAACUCGCCCCACUGCCAGAGUGCCAGUCUGCCACUCAUCCAUAAUCUGAUUGUUUUGCAUUUGGGCCAUCUAGUAUUUACUUCCGGGCUCCCUAAUGAAACUAAUCGGAUCGAGCUCAAGAUGGCAGCAAAAACUCUUGGGCCUUCGGUCGAAGAGUUACUAUUUGCCCAGAAAAAGCCCGUCUAAGCCUCAAUAACGAGCCGGCCACUCGAGGAACGGAGGAAGCAAAGUCCAUUUCUCAAUUUAUGUUCGAGUCCGUUGCUUUUGAAGAGGUGAAAGUCAGAACCGAGUCGCAGCAUGACCUGAUAAUGCGAACGGCUCGUACUUUAGUAGUCCAACCGACAAUAGAUCGUUUAAAAAUCGUUAAAGAACCGGUACCUAAUAAACAUUAUCAGUAUAAAUAGUGGACAUUUCUUAAUUAGAGCUCAUCCUUUUCCUUCGAAAUUGUGAAAUGGAAAUAAGAAUUCAGUUUGAGAGUCCGACGUUGUUGGUUUAUUUCAAUUUUCAAUAUUCUGCAAUUUUUUUAAUUAAAUUUAAAGGCUGAAUGGCAAAAACCAGACGAGCGGCUCGAUCGGCUCGAGCGGUUAACACUUCGACCGCUCGCCAACCACUACAUAAAACCGGAGCGAAUUUUAGACUGUUCCGACCGGUUUUGUGAUCAGAUGGCGGUUUUACCGAUCGGGCCGAGCGGCUCGGCUCGACUUUAAUAACACUGAAAAUAACAUUUGCCCAGGACACAAAUAAAGCAAAGUGAGCUUUAAAAUUUCAAAUCAGUAUUCCAAAAAAUUAGGUGAACCCUUAUGCUCCUUCUCUUAUAAACCAAUUGGUUCUAAUAACUCAAAUUACUAGAAAAAAAUUAUACUAGAUCUUAUAUCAGCACGUAUAUGAUAUUUAACCAUUUCCUUACACUUUCCACUUUCCCGAUCUAUUAAUGACGGUAUAUAAAAUGGAGACGAGACGCUUCACGCUACUCCGGCGACCACAUCUACAAAAGCAUGCCAAUCGUCUCAAGAAAAUGGUACAAAAGCAUUGGCUGAAGACGAGAAGACACACUUGGGAAAUGCUGCUGCUAUUAAAUAAAUUACUGCCGGCAACUACUCCUCCGCUAGAAUUAAAUGUGUUUUUACUUUCAAUUUAGCCCGGAGCUCUGUUUCCGAUGAUCGGGGCUCGUAAUCUCUCUUACGGCAGCAGGCUAUAUAAAGCAAUACCGGAGAAGCUAAGGACUCCUACAACAGCUACAUACAGGCAAAAGCCUCACACUGAGAUGUCAAUCAUGCGUGUGGAUAACUUGGAGCAGAGGCUGAAAGGCCGAGUCGUCGGACAAGACGCAGCAGUCAGCCAUGUCAGCCAAGCAAUCCGCCGUUCCCAAACCGGCGCAAGAAACACGACCCGCCCCCUUGCAAGCUUCCUCUUCCACGGUCCUUCCGGCGUCGGGAAAAAAAAGCUCGCCGAAGCCAUAGCCAUCGAGUUCUACGGAUCGAAACGUUCACUGGUCCGUAUCGACAUGGGAGAGCACAUGGAGAAACACUUUCUCUACCCUGUCACAGAAUCAGAUACUGACCGCGCAGUCAUCCUGUUCUGCGAAAUCGACAAGGCGUCCCCUGCCAUCGCCAGGUCCCUUCUCCAAAUCAUCGACGAUGGAGAAUUCCCCAAGCAUCAUGUUGGGCUGAAGUGUAGUUUUCGCAAUGUUCCACCACAUAAUUUUGAUUUCCGAGACACCAUCAUCAUCAUGACUUCCAAUGUCGCCCAACCUCGCCUAAAUCGCCACGACUCGCAGGUAAGGCAGGGGAUCUCCAAGAACCUGUCCGAAAUUUUCAGGGCGCAGUUGUUGUAUCGAAUCGACGAGAUAGUGCUGUUCAAGAUGCUGACAAAAGAGGAUCUGAUGAUGAUGGUCGACGCUAUGGUGAAGGAACUAGUGGACAAAAUGAAGUAUUCGAAGUCGAUCAAAUUGGAGGUGACAGAGGAGUUGAAGAACAGUGUGAUAUCAGUAGGUUACAAUUGUGGUUGCGGAGCUAAGCAAUUGAAGUGGGCGUUUGCCAGGCUGGUCGAAGAUCAAUUGGCCGAUGGUAUCCUCAAAGGCACUGUCAAGAACAGAUGCUCUGUUACUGUGGACUACGAUCCUUUUUAUGAGUCUCUGUUUACAUCCCCUGCAUCUACUUCGGAUUUCUGACUGGAAGAUCAAUUGGUGGAUGGUACUUAUGCUGUCUCUGUGACUGCCUCUCUCUCUGUCUUUGGCAUCUUUUGUCAGAUUUCUGAUGAAUUCUUCUUUAUUGCUUGAGAAUGAGAAAACGAACUUACAUUCUCCAGCUUAAGUCACUGGUUUUAUACUCUGUCUGCUAGAGAAGAGUAAAGUAGUUACGAGUCU